AUGGGGGAAGAAGAAAGACCGGCAAAACGGGUGAACCAGGCCAGCGGCCGUAUAAUUGCAAAGGUGCGACCACUUACCCCUGGCGGGAGCCUGAGGGGAAUGUCGGGUGCAAGGGAAAUCGUGGGCACGAGCUCUGAUGAGGUGGCAACUGGUCAGCACAACCAGCCAAAUACUGACAGUUCAGGAAGAGACAAAGGGGACCAGCCAACCUUGUCUUUUCCCCGUGAUUCGAACGCACACCCCUAUGGGCCAAAUGGUAUGGUAACCUUUGGUUAUGACAACAACCUUGCCCUUGUUGAGCUUAACUUUCCUUCGCAGAUUGUUAGGCAUAGUAACUGGAAGGGCCCAUUGUCUUUUGAACAAGUUAUGGACCUAAGGAGAGCCCAGAUCUCGAUGGGUCAUCAAUAUAUUAUGGAUUGGGACACUCCUGGGCCAAGUAUGAGAGCACCAAGUGUGGAGGAUAACAAUCCUUAUAUUGGACCUACAUUAGGAACCCUUUGA